AUCGAUUUUAAUCAGAUUACGAAAGAUAGAUGCAUACCUUUUUUUACUCUGUCUGUGCCAACGUGUUUGCUCUUCUCUCUUUCCAGCAAGACACAACGAGUGAUGGAUACGUGUUUGGACAAGAAACCAGAGAGAGUGGGGCCUAUAGUUGUUGAGGAUUUGAGAAAGGACUUGUUUGCUGAUUUUUCUGCAAUUGCAUCUGCUCUGCCACAGGAUUGUCUAUUAUUUGAGAAAGAGCAUCUGCGGGUCUACCUCAGGAUACGUCCCUUUACCACAGUAGAGAAUGAAAGUGGUGAAUCUCAGGAAUGUGUGUCCAUGGAGCCACCAGACACUGUUUUACUCAGGGCUCCUAGGAGCUCUUUAUCAACCAGACGACAAACCAGUCACUCAGAUGGUGACAAACCAGUCACUCAGACCACCCAAAGAUUUCAGUUCUCUCAGGUAUAUGGCCCUGACACUACACAGAGGCAAAUGUUUGAUGGCACAGUGAAACGUCUGGUCAGAGAUGUUCUAGAAGGAGGGAAUUCUAUUGUCUUCACAUAUGGAGUCACCAACGCCGGGAAGACAUUCACAUUCCUUGGCCCUGAGAGUGAUGGUGGAAUUCUUCCAAGGUCUUUGAACGUGAUCUUCAACAGCAUCGAGGGCAGGGUCUAUGCGCAGAACAACAUCAAACCACAUCGAUGCAGAGACUUCACUAGGCUCACAAAGGACCAGCAGGAUGAAGAGUCUACUAAUAAGCGAAACCUCAUGAGACUGUCAAAGGAGAGUGAUUUUCUGAAAAGCACGAUGAGCUCCACUUGCAGGUCAACAAUUCUGGAGGGUUCCUCCUUGAGCGACAUCAGUGAUCAGGGGGAAGGAGACAGUUUCUGUCUGGAUGUGGACUCUCACACUAAAUACUCUGUGUGGGUUUCCUUUUGUGAAAUCUACAACGAGAAUAUCUACGACCUGCUGGAGCCCAUUCCUAAUGGCUCACAUAGGAGAACCGUCCUUCGGCUGUCCCAAGACAUCAAGGGAAACGCCUUUGUGAAAGAUUUAAAGUGGGUUCAAGUAAAUAAUUCAAAGGAGGCUUACAAAGUCCUGAAGAUAGGAAAGAAGAACCAGAGUUUCUCCUGCACAAAGCUCAACAACGUCUCAAGCAGAAGCCAUAGCAUAUUUUCCAUUCGUAUCUUGCGGAUUGAAGAUGUUGGUAUACCCAGAGUCCACACAAUUAGCGAGUUGUCCUUGUGUGAUCUGGCUGGAUCUGAGAGAUGUGCAAAGACUCAGAAUAAAGGAGUGCAGCUAAAAGAGGCUGGCAAUAUCAACACCUCAUUGCUCACUCUGGGCAAAUGCAUCAAUGCUCUGAGGCUCAACCAACAAGCAAAGUUCCAACAACAUGUCCCCUUCAGAGAGAGCAAGCUCACACACUACCUCCAGGGCUUUUUCUGUGGUAGAGGGAAAGCCUGCAUGAUCGUCAACAUCAACCAGUGUGCCUCCAUGUACGACGAGACGCUCAACGUCCUCAAGUUCUCCGCCAUCGCUCAAAAGGUGGUGGUCCUCAACAUCAAACCAGUCCCUGCCAUUGCUCCAAAGAGAUCUGCCAGAGAUGUGUCCCUCAUCAUCAACAAUGCUGGCUGCAAGAACCUGUGGAGUAGGAGGGAGAGCUCCAUGGUGGCUUGGGAAACAACUCUAGAAGAUGUGCAGGAAGAUGGGGAUGAAGAGGAGGAGGAGGAGGAGGAUUAUGAAGAAGAGGAAAGUUGCGAUGAGAGCAUGGCAGAGGAGACCAUUCUGGAGGCGGGAGAAGAGGACAAGACGGUGCUUGAGGACUUCAAUGGCCAGUUUGCUCUGGUGGAGGAACUGAGGGAGAAACUUCUGAAGGAGGAAGCUGAGAAAUUGGCAUUGGAGUCUCAUAUCCGUGAAGAGGUCACCAUCGAGUUCAUGGAGCUAUUCUCCAAAAUGGAAAGUGACUACAAUGAGCGUCUUGCAAAAGAGAGGGAGAUCAUCGAGGACAGAGCGGACAAGAGGUUGGAGAUCCUGAAGAAUUUAGUCAGCAAAAGUGUCAGCAAGUGUGCAAGUGUCACUGGUGACGAGGAAAUGACAAAGGAGGAUAAGGUAGAGCUCUUGGAGGGGAUCAUUGACGCAAUGCGAGACGACCUGGCUAGAAUUAGGAGGGAUGCGCAGGCUGCACAGACCUGUUUGGUGGACCUGCCUGAGUCUCCUGGCACUGAAGUCAGCCUGAGGAAGCAAGUGGAUGACUUAUCAGAGGAGCUCCUCAAGACCCAGCAGCAACUCAACCUCAAAACAAAUGGAAUGGACGAAAUGAGCAUGGAAUUGAAACAAUUGUGCGGGCAGCUAGAGGAUGCGAAGGAGAAUUUGGAAUCUCAGACACGGACGUUUGAGGCCUUAAUGGAAAUCUGCCAUGAGAAAGAUGAGGUGAUAACCAAGCUGCAGGAAGCAAUAGACCAKAAUAGUGAGGCUGCAACUAGGGAUACGGCCUUGGUUGACUCCAUCAAGGAGGAGAUUCUGAGCUUGAAACAGAAUUGUAAGUGUAUGAGCCGGGACGGUCCCAGUGCUGAGGAGGGCAGGAACCGCCAUGCUGAUGUCCUGGAAAACCUUGAUGAUCAGCCUGCCCUGAAGAAAGGGAGUCUUGAGGAUGAGCGUGUUAUUCUAACAGGCGAGUUGGAGAAACUCCAGGCGGAAUGUCAUCAAAAAGACAUGACCAUUUCACAGUUAAAAGAAGAACAUGAGGCGAUGGUUCAGAAGUUGGAGACGGUCAAAGGAGAGAUAAAAAGAAAGAACGUAGACUCCGAUGAGCUCAACCACGAGAAGGUUUCGUUCGAACAGACCUUACAGAAGAUCACCGAUGAUUUGGAGGAGCAGACGGAUGACUGUGAAGCUGUGAUGGCUUCGCUGGAGAAAGAGAGGAAAGAGACAGCCAGGCUCUCUAAAGACAACAAAGCACUGGUCAACGGCAUCUUCCAGCUCCAGCAGACAUCACAGAAAGCGGAGUCUUCAGUGAAAACUCUCCAAACAGAACUUAUUGCACAGACUGAGAGGUCCGCCAAUCUUUUAGAGGAGCUAGAAGCAGCCAGAGCACUCUUGAAGGAGCUCGAAGACAAAUCCAACGAAAAAUCCAAAACCAUUGAAUCCUYGACUUUGGAAACUGAACGACUCCGGAAGGAAGCGGAGGAACUGAAGGUCUCUUCUGUGCAGAGGAACAACUCCAAGUUCCAUGACACCAUAGAUGCCAUGAAAAGGGAGUGUGAGAGUGUGGUGGAACAGUUGCUCCAGAAGAACCAGUGGAUAGCUGACCUGGAGCAGGAGCUCAACCAGGUCAGAGAACAGCUCUCUGGACAGGAAGAACUCUGCAGCCAGCUGAGACAUGAGCUAGAGACACUGCGGUCAGAGGCACAAUUCAACCUGCAGGACUACGAAUUUGAGAAGGGGGCUUACAAUGAAAUUACGAAGAGUUACUCUGACCUCGAACAAAUGGCAGGCCACCUGAAGGAGCGAAUCGUGGACCUGGAGGUUCAGGUGCAGGCCUCUGGAGGCAGCUCUGAGAGGGUUGUGGAGUUGGAGAAGCAGCUGGCUGAGAGGGAGGCCCAGUGCGGAGCUCUGCAAGCGAGACUAGGGGAGGCUCAGCGGAAACUGGCCCAGGUGGAGGAAAGUCAUAUAAAUAAGUCCAAGGAGAAGGUGAUUGAAGACAUGCGUCUUGCACUGACAGAGCAGGAGAGGACACAAACAGAACAAGAGCAGAUUCUGGAGGCUAAGAUGAAAGAGAUUGAGGCUUUAAGUCGAGAGCUGAUGAGUUUGAAGAACAGCUGCCUUCCAAAAAAUGUGAACAGUGCCAAGUUUUCUCAUGUGAUCAACUGUCCUGGCGAGAACGUGAAGCAGGAACGUCUGCGGACUGAAGAGCGCUUGAAGCUGGUUAAUGAGCAGCAUGAGGUGGAGAGCCAGAAGUGCCUUGAAGAGAGGGCAAUUCUGAUGGAGGGAGCCGAAGCGCCAGAGCAGGAGGAGAGUCAGUGCCCUGCUCCAGAGUUGAUGAGGGAGUGUCAAAAGGAGCUCUGCCGUAGCACGCUGCAGACUGAAGAGGUGAAAUUGUCUAAACAACCUUCAAAGAAAGAAGAGGAGCGUGUCUCUGUAGUUGAGGUCCUCAAAUUAGAGAUGCAGGAGAGAAACGCAGAGAAAGAGCACAAGCUCAGGGAGCUCCAAGACCACUCCAAUUUCCAAACACAAGAUGUACUGGACUCCCCGCAGGUGUCCACAGACGGCAGGCGAGAGCUUUGCUUCCCCAAGCUGGAGAGCCAGUUCACCCCUCUGCACCCCAACAAGCUGAACGUCCGGAGGCAGGGAGAGAACAAGUCUGUGAACAUCAAAAUCACCCGCUCAGCCAGGAAGAGGAAUAGCAACGAGAUGGAGAAGGACCCUGUGGAAAGUGAGAACAUAAAGAAUAUCAAGUUGAGGGUGAACAACAGAGUGAACAUGCAGUCGCCGACAGUGCUCGGUGUAAAAACAGACCAGAACAAGCAACAGACACCAGCAAGUCUGAAAGCCAAAAAGGAUGGAACCCUCCAGAAGAUUGGAGACUUCAUCCAGAGUUCCCCAACUCUGCUCGGGGUUGAAGCUAAGACAAUUACGGGGAUUGUAAAUGGAAGAUCUACCAAGCGAGAGAAAGCCACAUCAGUGAAACCGAAGAGGACCAAGAGGAAACUGUACAAGACAGAGAUCUCCUCUCCUCUGGACAUCCCAUCUCAUCCGAUCAUUGGUCUUGAUCAAGAUGAGAAAGAAAGCGACCAUCUCAUUAUCAGGAGGCAGCUUAGAUCAAGAACAGCAAGGAAAUGACUUAGUCAACAGUGGCCAGGAGUUGAUAUUGCUUACUUGAUUUAAAAACUAUUGUUAGAAAACUAGCUAUGUACAUAUGUGAAUAUUUUCAUAUUUUGUUUCUCAUUCUUUUACAUUAUGUUUUAAACUUUCUCAUUAUUUUUUUAAAAUUGAAAAUAGUAUAUACACUAACAUGGCAAUUCCACACGGUUUUGUAAAUGUACAUUGGAGACGUCUACUGCUCUCCAAUCACAGGCUGCAAGGGACACAUUGGAGGAUGGAGUAUUGUUUUGUCCUGCUCGAAUGGGGCCAAAAGUGUAGAAUGUCAUGGUCAUUUAUUUUAGUGGCAGCCGUCAGGGGUGGUUGUCAUCUGAAGAGUAAAUAAUACAGCUCAUCUCUCACCCCUUCUCUCUGUGGUGGGCUCCUGACAGGUCCCACUCUCACAGCCAGUCAGGUUCAGUCUCAAGUGGGCAAUUACUGGGACAAUUGCCAGUGUUUGUCUACGUCAUUGCCGUUGUCAUUGAAAAUAUGUCUCUGAUUAAAUGCAUUUUGUUCUCUG